AUGCACAUGCCCCGAGACCGUCCUGGCGUGGGUGACGAAGACCUCCAGAUCCUCCGCAAAAAAGGGGACAUCGUGGUGCAUUCGGCAGCGUCGAGAUUCGACGCUCCGCUCCGAGACGCGGUCCACAUGAAUCUGUGUGGCACAAAGAAGCUACUCGACAUGGCCAGGACGUUCGGAAAACUCAAGGUGUUCGUCCAUAUAUCCGCGUACUACGCAAACUGUGAUAAUGAUGUCAUCGAAGAGCGCAUCCACGACAGCGAGCACGACAGUGAGAAGAUCAUGGAGAUGGUCGAGUGCCUCGACGAGAAGAGUCUCGAGAAGAUGCAGGAAGAGCUUCUGGCCGAGAAGCCGAAUACGUACACCUUCACAAAGCACCUCACGGAGCUCAUGAUCCAGAAGUACAACGAGACCGUGCCCUUCACGAUCACGAUAGUCAGACCGUCGAUCGUGGUCGCUUCCAUGUCCGAACCCUUCCCAGGGUGGGUGGACAAUUACAACGGACCGAGUGGAAUGGUCUGUGCGACAGCUUGCGGGUUCCUCAAGUCAAUCUACUCGAGAAGUGAAAUGAGGGCCGACUUGAUCCCGGUCGACGUCGUCGCAAAAACCGUGAUCCUCGCUGCGUGGCGAGCAGGAACCACAGAUUCCAAGGAAAUUGGAAUUUACAACUGUGCCAUCGGCGAUCGGGCACCAAGUUUCACCUGGGGCGACUUCGCGAAUUUCCAAAAGAAGCUCGUCAAGGAGGUCACGCUCAAUAAUGCCGUCCGCUAUCCCGCCCUCACCCUACGCAGCAGCUGCGCGAUGCACAAAUUUUCAAUGAUCUCCCAGCAUCUCCUCCCCGCCUAAAUCGGGAAUGGCGUCCUUUCGAUGAUCGGGAAGAAAUCCUUCCUGAACAAGGCGUACGAGCAGAUUAACGCCAUGCAGUCGGCCCUCUCGUCUUGUAACACACAUGAGUGGACUUGGGCUUUCCGGACGGAGAAAUUAGAAGAGCUCUCCGAGUUUGUGGACGGGAAUGAUCGUCGGGAAUUCGACAUAGAAGUGAUUUCACUCAUCUAG